AUGAAAUUAUUUUUAAUAUUUUUGAUUGCAAGUUUCGUGAAUUCUGAAUUUCCUGAUGCUGAUCAAACUAUAAAUAUGAGCAUUUUGGAUGAUUUGAAUCUGGAGGCCAGAAUUUUGAUAGAAGAUUUUGAGAAAAAUGAUAAAAUUUUUACAAAUGAGGUAGGUCAAUCCAAUUUUCAAUAAUAACAUGAAUUUCCAGCUUCGAAAUCGUUUUGUUCAAUUUGUUGUCAAAUUUUCGCCCAUCGAAAAACUAGUUGAACAAUCAAAUAAUCCAAGUUUUGAAGAAAAGGUGAGCAAAAUAAAAAUUUAAAAACUAAUUAAAAAAUUUUUUCAGGUUUACAUAAUCAAAUAUCGUUUCAGAAGGGCUCUAAAAAUUCGAUAUUCAUUAUUGAAAGAGGUAUGUAUUUUUAAAAAUUCAACAUUAUAUUUCUGAUAGAAUUUUUCAGAAUUUCGAACUUCUCGUCUCAAAUUUGUUAGCUCCACCGGUUUUCGUCCCAUUUCUGACAGUUUUCUUCGAAAAAGAAGUCGAUAAUUCAAUUUGA